AACAAGGGCGAUCCCACACAGAGCCACAAUGGCAACGUUUUUCCUUUAAAAAAAAGAGCCAAUGAAAUGCUUGGACGUUUUUCCAUGUCCAAUGAAAGGUUUGGACGUUUUCAUCGUCUAAUCAAAAUCCAAGGGACAAGGCGGAGUUGUUUCUGGCUGUUGUAGUGGAUUCCGGGUUGCUCAAAAUAAAAAAUCUGGAAGUGGGAGUUGACGGGCUAAUUUGUGAUUGACAUUUCUUUCGUCAACAGUCAUCUAUCAUCAAGCUGCAACCAUGCCCGGGAUAGAGAAGUUGCCUCUCGAAGAGACGCUGGAGGACAGCCCGCAGACACGCUCUCUUCUCGGAGUGUUUGAAGAGGACGCAGCAGCCAUGUCCAGCUACUGCUCCAAGCUUUAUAAGGCCAUGCACAGGAUCUAUGAUGCCCAGAAUGAGCUGAGUGCUGCAACACACCUCACCUCCAGACUGCUAAAAGAAUACGACAAACAGUGUUUUCCUUUAGGGCGCGAUGACGAAGUAAUGAGUUCCACCCUGCAGCAGUUUGCCAAAGUCAUCGACGAGCUGAGCUCCUGUCACGCCGUCUUGUCGACGCAGCUGGCCGAUGCCAUGAUGUUCCCCAUUACGCAGUUCAAAGAGCGAGACCUCAAGGAGAUCUUAACUUUGAAGGAAGUCUUCCAAAUAUCCAGUGAUGAUCACGACACGGCCGUCAACAGAUACAGCCGCCUGUCCAAGAGGAAGGACAACGACAAGAUACGUGCCGAGGCAGUGGAGGACGUGUACACGUCGCGCAAGAAGCAGCACCAGACCAUGAUGCACUACUUCUGCUCGCUCAACACGCUGCAGUACAAGAAGAAGACGGCGCUGCUGGAGCCGCUGCUGGGAUACAUGCAGGCCCAAAUCAGCUUCUUUAAGCUGGGCUCGGAAAACCUCAGCCAGCAGUGGGAGGACUUCUUGGCCACCAUUGGGACCAGCGUCCAGAACGUGCGUCGUGAGAUGGAGGAGGAGGGGGGCCGCAUGCAGCAGACCAUUGAGCAGAUGGAGAGGUCAUGUGACCUGCUGUACGCGCCUUGCGACCCGGACCCGCUGCAGUCGCCCGUGUGUCGCAACCUCACCCAGAAGCAGGGCUACCUCUACAUUCGCAGCAAGACGGGCCUGGUGUCGACGUCGUGGGAGCGCCAGUACUUCUUCACGCAGGGGGGCAACCUGAUGCAGCAGGGCCGCGCCGAAGUGGCAGGCGGCCUGGUCACCGACCUGGACAACGCCUCCGUCAUGGCGGUGGACAGCGACGACCGCCGCUUUUGCUUCCAGAUCACGUCCUUCGACGGCAAGAAAGUGGUGACACUGCAGGCCGAGAGCAGGAAGGACUGCGAGGAGUGGAUCGCCACCAUCAACAACAUCUCCAGACGCAUCUACCUGAGCGAGAACGCCGAGGAAUUGGCGGCCAGAGUCAAUCAAUCAGCUAUCGAGGCGGUGACGCCAUCGCCGUCCUUUCAGCAGAGACACGACAGCAUGCGGCCUGCCAGCAAGAGCCGCGUGGGGCGAACCGGCAGCAUCAGCUCGAUGGGCUCGGAGCCAUCGCCUGCCCUCUCCGUCCUGUCGUUGGACGCCCUGGUUGCCCCGGAAACACCAAUCCAGUUUGACAUCAUUUCCCCCGUCAGCGAGGAAAACGCGCCACACGGCAAGACGGCAUCACAGGCUGGAAGGAGAAGUAAUCCAUUCGGCGAGUCGGGUGACAAAGCAGCGGAGGACAGCGAAGACUCUAUCCUACACCAGCUCUUCAUCGUCCGCUUCCUGGGCUCCAUGGAGGUGAAGAGCACCGAGUCGCCGGAUGUCAUCCCCGAAACCAUGAGGCAGAUCCUGGCAGCGCGCGCCAUUCACAACAUCUUCAGGAUGACCGAGUCGCACCUGCUGGUCACUUGUGACUGCCUCAAGCUCAUCGACCCGCAGACGCAAGUGACGCGACUCAGGUUUCCUUUGUCCAGCGUGCUGCAGUCUUCGUCCCAUCAGGACAACAAGCGACUGUUUGGAUUUAUUUUGUACUCGGACGGUGGGCACGCCGACGGACGAGCCGUCUGCUACAUCUUGGAGUCCAAUGACGAUGGCGAGAAGAUCUGCGACAGCAUUGGGCUGGCUAAGCAGAUCGCCCUUCACUCUGCGCUGGACCGCAAGGCAGCCGAGAAGCGCAAGGAGCAGGACAAAGCCAAAGAGAAGCAGCAGGAGGAACUCAGCAAGCAAAGACAGAUAGAGAAGGACCUGGAGGAGCAAAGUCGCCUCAUCGCCGCCUCCAGCCGUCCCGCCAACUCCGCAGGGGCCGACGGAAACUUUGUGGUACUGAGCAACAGCCAAUCGGAGGACAGCGAUGCCGGCGGGGAGGAGGGCAAGAAGAAGGACGAGUCCGACGCCUAGCCACACGGCUAAAGAUGGGUACGAAGCCUCCUCCCGUCCGUCCCACGCUCAGGAACUAACACCCACCCGUCCGGGCUGCCUGGGGAUGAAAAAGCAGUUCAUCACAGACUCUUUUUGUUUUAAUUGAAGUUUUAAAAAGAAGCUUUUUUUUAUACUCGUGCAACUACACAGAUAGCCAACCUUCUUGAUUCCUGUCUCUUCUCGUAAUAAUUUUGCCCACAGGUGAGUCUUCUGCUCAAAAGUCCUGCCAAGCAGUUUGUUGGCAUUCUGCACAUUUUUAAAAGCAGCCGGUUAUUAUGAUUGCACUUUUGAAGCUGAAUUCAUGUCAGCGUUGGAGCCAUGGCACAUAUUUUACAUGAGAGCAAUUUAGCAGCCUACCGCCAAACAAAGUUUUCUCACUGAGUUAAAGAAGCCCUCGCAUGUUUGCAGUUCAGCAUACACUUAUUGGGAUUUUUUUUUUUUAACUCUCAGUCCUCCUUCAGGGCAAAGAUGUUAUGUUUGUUGGAAAGGAGUUUAGGUGAUUUACUUAAAAAUAACACAUUAACGCCACCUUGUGGUAUCUAUAGGCAAUUACAGUAUACAUUUUUGAUAGAAUUGUAUGUGAUUCACUAUUACUCAGUGAUUUUUGUUAUUGGGGUGUUUGCUCUUGAAGCCCAAAUGUGUGUUCCAGACAAACCGGCCACUAAAAUCUGCAACUGAGAGCAGUGCCACCUAACCAGUUUUGUCACUGAACAUCUUCCACGAGCUGGCCGAAUCACAUCAUUAACGUGGUUCCAAUCUGUGAAAUGGUCUGCCUUGAGAUUAUAUUUCCAUUGUGAAAUAGGUGCCUUGGCCCGAUAUAGGUUGGGAAAAACUGAUGUUGAGAGACCAUUGACAAAAGAACAAACUAACUUUACCCCAACAAAUCACAAUAUUCAAGAGCAAGAUGUGAUGAUGAUUAAUGACAAACAAUGCAAGUUUCUGGACAUACACAAAUAGAAGAAAACGUUUACUGAUAAGCAUGUGGGACACUUUGUUGGGAGUUUUUGUUUUGCUCUUGUUGACCAUUGGGCACUUUACUCAUGCCAUGAUGUUGUCGUGUACAUACAUAUACGCCUCAUGAUCAAUGUCUCAAGUUGUCAUUUAACACACACAAAAUAAUGAUUUUUAAAGAGGAAAAUAAAGCACUAACUCCA